AUGGCCAGUGUCAUACUGGAGAGCAUCUUCUUGAAGCGCUCGCAGCAGAAGAAGAAAACUUCUCCCCUCAACUUCAAGAAGCGCCUGUUCCUGUUGACGGAGAGCAAGCUGUCCUACUACGAGUAUCUGGUGCGCCGAGGCAGUAAGAAGGGCUCAGUGGACGUUGAGAAGAUCACGUGCGUGGAAACUGUGGUGCCUGAAAACAACCCUCCUCCUGAGCGGCAGGGGCCCGGAGGGAGGGGCUAACGAUCCCCACGUAGGAAAGGAGAGGAUUACAACAUGGAGCAGAUCUCAAUCAUCGAACGGUUUCCCUACCCCUUCCAACUCAUCAGGAAGCAAAUAAGCGAUCAGCUGUGCGUGCGGCAUGACCCAGAGCACUCCAUUUCCGGAGGCUUGCUAUCUUGUAGUUACGUUAUCUCAUGGCUACAGAAGAUGAUCCGGUACAACAGUGACCUGGUACAGAAGUAUCAUCCCUGCUUCUGGAUCGACGGCCAGUACCUGUGCUGCUCCCAGACCGCCAAGAAUGCCAUGGGCUGCCAGAUCCUGGAGAGCAAGAAUGGCAGUUUAAAAGUUGGGCGGUCACAUCGCAAGACAAAGAAGCCUCUUCCCCCAACUCCUGAGGAGGACCAGAUGGUGAUGAAACCGCUGCCUCCCGAGCCAGCCCCCAGCACAGCAGGCGAGAUGAAGAAGGUGGUGGCUCUCUACAACUAUGAGCCGAUGAACGCACAGGACCUACAGCUGCAGAAGGGCGAGGAGUACUUCAUCCUGGAGGAAAGCCACCUGCCCUGGUGGAAAGCCCGUGACAAGAACGGGAGGGAAGGAUACAUCCCCAGCAACUACGUCACUGAAACCAGCAACUCCCUGGAGAUCUUUGAGUGGUACUCCAAGAAUAUCACCCGGAGCCAAGCGGAGCAACUGCUGAAACAGGAGGGUAAGGAAGGGGGCUUCAUUGUCCGAGACUCCACCAGCAAGACAGGGAAAUACACUGUCUCCGUCUAUGCCAAGUCCUCUGUAGAUCCCCAAGGCACAAUCCGCCAUUACGUCGUGUGCUGCACCCCCAGGAAUCAGUAUUACCUGGCUGAAAAGCACCUGUUCAACACCAUCCCAGAACUCAUCACGUACCAUCAGCACAACUCUGCUGGGCUUAUAUCCAGACUGAAGUACCCUGUGUCUCAACACCAGAAAAGUGCUCCUUCCACAGCGGGCCUUGGCUAUGGGUCGUGGGAGAUUGACCCGAAGGAUCUGACCUUCCUGAAGGAACUGGGCACAGGACAGUUUGGCGUGGUCAAGUACGGGAAAUGGAGAGGCCAGUACGACGUUGCCAUCAAGAUGAUCAAGGAGGGCUCCAUGUCAGAGGAUGAGUUUAUCGAUGAAGCCAAAGUCAUGAUGAAUCUGUCCCAUGAGAAGCUGGUGCAGCUCUACGGAGUCUGCACCAAGCAGCGUCCCAUCUUCAUCAUCACUGAGUACAUGGCCAACGGCUGCCUCCUGAACUUCCUGAGGGAAACUCGGCGGCGGUUUCAGCCCGUCGAGCUGCUGGAGAUGUGCAAGGACGUUUGUGAAGCUAUGGCAUACCUGGAAUCCAAGCAGUUCCUGCACCGAGACCUGGCUGCUCGCAACUGCUUGGUGAACGACCAAGGAAUUGUGAAAGUAUCAGAUUUUGGCCUUUCCAGGUACGUACUAGACGACGAGUAUACGAGCUCCAUGGGGUCAAAGUUUCCAGUGCGGUGGUCUCCCCCUGAAGUGCUUCUGUACAGCAAGUUCAGCAGCAAGUCUGAUGUCUGGGCUUUUGGUGUUCUGAUGUGGGAAGUUUACUCCCUGGGAAAAAUGCCUUACGAGAGGUUUAACAACAGCGAGACAACGGAGCACGUCAUCCAAGGCCUGCGCCUGUACCGGCCGCAGCAGGCCUCAGAGCGGGUCUAUGCCGUCAUGUACAGCUGCUGGCACGAG